AAAUGUUGGGGUUGGCUUAGGAUGGGAAUGGAGCCAUUGCAACAGGUCGAGGCGCUGGAGGUUUGAGGAACGGAGUGUUCUCCGUGCGCACGUGGGCACAAGAACCGGGCGCGGAGCUGUCCAGAGAGAGGGACGCGUUCACCGCAACGCGUGGAAGGGGCUGCCCCGAUCCCACUCUCGUUUCCACUCCACUCUCCGGGCGUGGAGAGCCGAGCUGGCGGCCGUGGGGCGGCGGUGUGCGGGGGCGCGCCGAGAGGAGGGCUCCGGGCCGGCGGCGGAGGGGUUAAGGCGGCGGCGGUUCUAUUUGCGGCCGCCGAGAGCUCCGGGCGAUUAGCGAGCGGCUCCGCGCCCCCGCCCGGCCCGGCCGCAGGAGCGCGGCAGCAGCAGGUGGCGGCGGCGGCAGCGAGGAGGGAGUUAAGCUCGCGGCGGCGGCGAGCGGCAGCGGCAGGAGGGGGCUGAGGAGGAGCGGCACCGGGAGGAGGGGGCUCGCGGAGCAGGCAGCGGCAGGAGGGGGGGGACCGACGAGCUGGCAGCGGCAGCCGGGUUGCUAGGGAUGGAGAGAUCCCGUGUCACCCGGAUGUGAGUGUCAUGUUGGCCCAAACUCGGAGGGAAUUGGCAGCGGCGAAGCAGCGGCAGCAGCGGCAGGAGGAGGAGGAGGAGCGGGAGCAGCCCCUCGCGCGUCGCUAGUCGCUACCAUGGGGGUCGGGUAGCGGAGCGCAGGGCAGCGCGCACCUGGCUCGGGGCGGCGGGGCCGGCUCGGCCCUGGGGUUUUUUCUUUUUCCUCUCGCGCGCCGGAGAAAGUGGGAAUCAUGCACCACCACCACCAGCAGCAGCAGCCCGAGCAGCACCCAGAAGAGGCGAACUAUGCAAGUAGCACCAGAAUUCCUCUCCCUGGUGACGGACCAACUACUCAGUCCAACAGUUCAGCACCAUCCAAGCAAACUGUUCUGUCUUGGCAAGCUGCAAUUGAUGCUGCUAGACAAGCAAAGGCUGCCCAAAAUAUGAAUACCACCACAGCCCAGCCUGUAGGAUCUCUGUCCCAAAGAAAACGCCAGCAAUAUGCCAAGAGCAAAAAACAGGGUAAUACAUCUAAUAGUCGGCCACCCCGUGCCCUUUUCUGUUUAUCCCUCAACAACCCAAUACGAAGAGCCUGCAUUAGUCUAGUAGAAUGGAAACCAUUUGACAUAUUUAUAUUACUGUCUAUUUUUGCCAAUUGUGUGGCCUUAGCUGUUUACAUCCCAUUCCCAGAAGAUGAUUCUAAUUCAACUAAUCAUAAUUUGGAAAAAGUAGAAUAUGCCUUCCUGAUAAUUUUUACAGUUGAAACAUUUUUGAAGAUUAUAGCAUAUGGAUUAUUAUUACAUCCCAAUGCAUAUGUUAGAAAUGGAUGGAAUUUAUUGGAUUUUGUAAUAGUAGUAGUAGGAUUAUUUAGUGUAAUAUUGGAACAAUUAACCAAAGAAACAGAAGGUGGCAGCCACUCAGGUGGCAAACCUGGUGGCUUUGAUGUCAAAGCCCUAAGAGCCUUUCGUGUAUUGCGACCUCUCCGGCUUGUAUCAGGAGUGCCCAGUUUACAAGUUGUCCUGAACUCCAUUAUAAAAGCCAUGGUUCCCCUGCUCCAUAUUGCCCUUUUGGUAUUGUUUGUAAUCAUAAUCUAUGCUAUUAUAGGAUUGGAACUUUUUAUUGGAAAAAUGCACAAAUCUUGUUUUCUUAUUGAUUCAGAUAUACUAGUUGAAGAAGAUCCAGCACCUUGUGCAUUCUCAGGGAAUGGACGUCAGUGUGUCAUGAAUGGCACUGAAUGUAAGGGUGGUUGGGUUGGACCGAAUGGAGGCAUAACAAACUUCGAUAAUUUUGCAUUUGCAAUGUUGACUGUAUUCCAGUGUAUAACCAUGGAAGGAUGGACUGAUGUGUUAUACUGGGUAAAUGAUGCAAUAGGAUGUGAAUGGCCAUGGAUCUAUUUUGUUAGUCUUAUCAUCCUUGGCUCAUUUUUCGUACUUAACCUGGUUCUUGGUGUACUUAGUGGGGAAUUUUCCAAGGAAAGAGAAAAAGCCAAGGCCCGAGGAGACUUUCAGAAGCUACGUGAAAAACAGCAGCUUGAAGAAGAUCUGAAGGGAUAUUUAGACUGGAUUACACAGGCAGAAGACAUUGAUCCUGAGAAUGAUGAAGAGGCUGAUGAAGAAGGCAAACGGAACACAAGCAUGCCCACCAGUGAAACCGAGUCAGUGAACACAGAGAAUGUGAGUGGAGAAGGAGAGAACCCAGCAUGCUGCGGGAGCUUAUGUCAAACCAUCUCAAAAUCCAAGUUCAGUCGACGCUGGCGUCGCUGGAAUCGAUUUAAUCGAAGAAAAUGUAGAGCUGCAGUAAAAUCUGUCACAUUUUAUUGGCUUGUUAUUGUCUUGGUCUUUCUGAACACAUUAACUAUCUCAUCGGAACAUUAUAACCAACCUGACUGGCUGACCCAGAUCCAAGAUAUCGCAAAUAAAGUUCUUCUGGCUUUGUUCACCUGUGAAAUGUUAGUAAAGAUGUACAGCUUGGGUCUACAGGCUUAUUUUGUUUCUCUUUUUAACCGCUUUGAUUGCUUCGUUGUUUGUGGUGGCAUUGUUGAAACCAUUUUGGUGGAGUUGGAAAUUAUGUCACCCCUUGGAAUUUCAGUGUUUCGCUGUGUUCGUCUCCUGCGUAUUUUUAAAGUAACAAGGCACUGGGCAUCCCUGAGCAACUUGGUAGCAUCCUUGUUAAACUCAAUGAAGUCCAUUGCUUCACUGUUGCUUCUGCUUUUCCUCUUCAUCAUAAUCUUCUCGUUGCUUGGAAUGCAGCUGUUUGGAGGCAAAUUUAAUUUUGAUGAAACUCAAACAAAACGGAGCACCUUCGAUAAUUUUCCACAAGCUCUUUUAACUGUAUUCCAGAUUCUAACAGGUGAAGACUGGAAUGCUGUUAUGUAUGAUGGCAUAAUGGCGUAUGGUGGCCCAUCAUCGUCAGGCAUGAUAGUCUGCAUAUAUUUCAUUAUCCUCUUCAUCUGCGGUAACUAUAUCUUGCUAAAUGUCUUCUUGGCCAUUGCUGUGGAUAAUUUGGCAGAUGCCGAAAGUCUAAAUACAGCUCAGAAAGAAGAAGCAGAAGAAAAGGAAAGGAAAAAGAAUGCAAGAAAAGAGAGUCUGGAAAAUAAAAAAAGUGAGAAGUCAGAAGGUGACCAAAAGAAGCCCAAGGAUAGUAAGGUGACAAUUGCUGAAUAUGGAGAAGGAGAGGAUGAAGAUAAAGAUCCCUAUCCACCCUGUGAUGUACCAGUAGGUGAAGAUGAAGAAGAUGAGGAGGAUGAACCUGAGGUGCCAGCAGGCCCGCGUCCCCGUAGAAUAUCAGAACUAAAUAUGAAGGAGAAGAUAACACCAAUCCCUGAAGGGAGUGCCUUCUUCAUUUUCAGCAGCACCAAUCCAAUUCGAGUGGGAUGCCACAGGCUCAUCAAUCACCACAUCUUUACCAAUCUCAUCCUUGUCUUCAUCAUGCUGAGCAGUGUUUCCCUAGCAGCAGAAGAUCCGAUUCGCAGCCACUCUUUUCGAAAUAAUAUACUUGGUUACUUUGACUAUGCUUUCACAGCCAUCUUUACUGUUGAAAUCCUGUUAAAGAUGACAGCUUUUGGAGCAUUCCUUCAUAAAGGGUCCUUCUGCAGAAAUUACUUUAAUUUGCUGGAUUUGCUGGUUGUGGGUGUUUCUCUGGUAUCAUUUGGUAUUCAGUCGAGCGCUAUCUCAGUUGUGAAGAUCCUCCGAGUUUUGAGAGUCUUGAGGCCCCUAAGGGCGAUAAACAGAGCAAAAGGACUUAAGCACGUUGUUCAGUGUGUCUUUGUGGCUAUUAGAACUAUUGGUAACAUCAUGAUUGUUACAACUCUGCUGCAGUUCAUGUUUGCUUGUAUUGGAGUGCAACUGUUCAAGGGAAAAUUCUACAAGUGCACUGAUGAGGCAAAACAGAAUCCAGAGGAAUGCCGGGGGAUAUACAUUGUUUAUAAAGAUGGAGAUGUUGAUAAUCCAAUGGUCAAAGAGAGAGUCUGGCAAAACAGUGAUUUCAACUUUGACAAUGUUCUGUCUGCUAUGAUGGCCCUUUUCACAGUGUCCACUUUUGAAGGCUGGCCCGCGCUGCUGUACAAAGCCAUUGAUUCCAAUGGCGAGAAUGUAGGACCUGUAUACAACUACAGAGUGGAGAUCUCCAUUUUUUUCAUCAUCUAUAUCAUCAUUAUUGCUUUCUUUAUGAUGAACAUAUUUGUUGGUUUUGUCAUUGUUACAUUCCAAGAACAGGGAGAACAAGAAUACAAGAACUGUGAGCUGGACAAAAAUCAGCGUCAGUGUGUGGAAUAUGCCUUGAAGGCACGUCCUCUUCGUAGAUACAUUCCAAAAAAUCCUUACCAGUACAAGUUCUGGUAUGUGGUGAAUUCUACUGGAUUUGAAUACAUCAUGUUUGUCCUCAUCAUGCUGAACACGCUUUGCCUGGCUAUGCAGCACUAUGGACAGUCUAAGCUCUUUAAUGAUGCGAUGGACAUUAUGAAUAUGGUUUUCACAGGAGUGUUCACUGUUGAAAUGGUUUUGAAGCUGAUCGCAUUCAAACCCAAGGGCUAUUUUAGUGAUGCCUGGAAUACGUUUGACUCCCUCAUCGUUAUUGGCAGCAUAGUAGACGUCGUUCUCAGUGAAGCUGAUCACUAUUUCACUGAUGCAUGGAACACUUUUGAUGCCUUAAUUGUUGUUGGUAGCGUCGUUGAUAUUGCUAUAACAGAAGUUAAUAACUCCGAAGACAGCGCUAGAAUCUCCAUCACUUUUUUCCGUCUUUUCCGAGUGAUGAGGUUGGUGAAGCUGCUUAGCAGAGGAGAAGGAAUCAGAACUUUACUGUGGACAUUUAUUAAGUCAUUUCAGGCUCUGCCUUAUGUUGCCCUUCUGAUAGCCAUGCUAUUCUUCAUCUAUGCUGUCAUUGGAAUGCAGGUAUUUGGAAAAGUGGCCAUGAGAGACAACAAUCAAAUAAACAGAAAUAACAAUUUUCAAACUUUCCCCCAAGCUGUGCUGCUUCUCUUCAGGUGUGCAACUGGAGAAGCUUGGCAGGAAAUCAUGCUGGCAUGUUUGCCUGGAAAACGCUGUGAUCCAGAAUCUGAUUAUAAUCCAGGGGAAGAAUACACAUGUGGAAGCAAUUUUGCCAUCAUUUAUUUUAUCAGUUUUUAUAUGCUUUGUGCAUUUUUGAUAAUAAACUUAUUUGUGGCUGUCAUUAUGGAUAACUUUGACUAUUUGACACGUGACUGGUCCAUUCUGGGUCCUCAUCAUUUGGAUGAGUUCAAAAGGAUAUGGUCAGAGUACGACCCUGAAGCAAAGGGAAGGAUAAAGCAUCUUGAUGUGGUUACGUUACUGAGACGCAUUCAGCCACCACUUGGUUUUGGCAAAUUAUGCCCUCACCGAGUGGCCUGCAAGAGGUUAGUAGCCAUGAAUAUGCCACUAAAUAGUGAUGGAACCGUCAUGUUCAAUGCUACUUUGUUUGCUUUGGUUAGGACUGCUCUAAAGAUAAAAACAGAAGGUAACCUAGAGCAAGCAAAUGAAGAACUUAGAGCAGUUAUAAAGAAAAUAUGGAAGAAAACUAGCAUGAAAUUACUUGACCAAGUUGUCCCUCCGGCUGGCGAUGAUGAGGUAACCGUGGGGAAGUUCUAUGCCACCUUCCUGAUACAGGACUACUUUAGGAAAUUCAAGAAACGCAAAGAACAAGGACUGGUGGGGAAAUAUCCUGCGAAGAAUACCACGAUUGCUCUGCAGGCAGGACUAAGGACACUUCAUGAUAUCGGCCCUGAAAUACGCCGAGCUAUAUCCUGUGACUUGCAAGAUGAUGAACCAGAGGAAAACAAUCCAGACGAGGAGGAAGAAGUUUAUAAAAGGAAUGGUGCCCUCUUUGGCAACCAUAUAAACCAUAUUAGCAGUGACAGACGAGAUUCAUUUCAGCAGAUCAACACCACACACCGUCCCUUACACGUGCAGCGGCCUUCAAUUCCAUCUGCAAGCGAUACUGAGAAAAAUAUGUAUCAUCAGACAGGAAAUUCUGUGUACCACAAUCAUCAUAACCACAACUCAGUAGGAAAACAAGUUCCAAACUCAACGAAUGCUAAUCUCAAUAAUGCCAAUGUGUCCAAAGUUGUUCAUGGAAAACACGCUAAUUUUGGAAGUCAUGAGCAUAGAUCUGAAAACGGUUACCAUUCGUACUCUAGAGCUGACCAUGAGAAGCGAAGAAGGCCAAGCAGUAGGAGAACCCGCUACUAUGAAACAUAUAUUAGGUCUGACUCUGGUGAUGGCCGUCGACCGACUAUCUGCCGUGAAGAACGUGACAUUCGAGACUAUUGCAAUGAUGAUCAUUAUUUGGGAGAACAGGAAUAUUAUAGUGGGGAAGAAUACUAUGAGGAAGACAGCAUGUUGUCAGGAAGCAGGCAUGUGUAUGAUUACCACUGUAGACAUCACUGCCAUGACUCAGAUUUUGAGAGACCAAAAGGUUACCAUCACCCACAUGGGUUUUUUGAGGAAGAUGACUCACAGACCUGUUAUGAUACAAAAAGAUCUCCUAGGAGACGGCUGCUACCUCCAACACCAGCAUCAAAUAGACGAUCUUCCUUUAAUUUUGAAUGCCUCCGCCGACAGAGUAGUCAGGAUGACAUACCGCUCUCUCCAAAUUUCCACCAUCGCACUGCUUUACCACUUCACUUAAUGCAACAGCAGGUCAUGGCUGUUGCAGGUCUGGAUUCCAGUAAAGCUCAUAAACAUUCACCAAGUCGUUCCACGCGUUCAUGGGCUACCCCACCUGCAACCCCUCCCAACAGGGACCGCACUCCAUAUUAUACACCUCUAAUCCAAGUUGACAGGGCUGAAUCUACAGAACAUAUGAACGGUAGCCUGCCUUCCUUGCACAGGAGCUCUUGGUACACAGAUGACCCUGAUAUCUCCUACCGAACAUUUACACCAGCCAAUUUAACAGUACCUAAUGACUUUAGGCAUAAACACAGCGACAAACAGAGGAGUGCAGACAGUUUGGUAGAAGCGGUACUUAUAUCUGAAGGCCUAGGAAGGUAUGCAAAGGACCCUAAAUUUGUUUCAGCUACAAAACAUGAGAUUGCUGAUGCUUGUGACAUGACUAUCGAUGAGAUGGAAAGUGCAGCAAGUAAUCUUCUCAAUGGAAAUAUUAGCAAUGGGACCAAUGGGGAUAUGUUUCCCAUUUUAAGCAGACAAGAUUAUGAACUUCAAGAUUUUGGUCCUGGCUACAGUGAUGAAGAACCAGAACCAGGACGAUAUGAAGAAGACUUAGCUGAUGAAAUGAUAUGCAUUACAAGCUUAUAGUAUUUAGCAAGGGAAAUGAUUUUAAUAACAGAAAAAGUGCCUCAUAGUUUAAAGAUGCUAGGCACUAGUUGGAGUUAACGAAUCAAGUUUUGUACAAGUGAUGUCACACCUCAAGGAAGCCAUAACUAAUAAACAGAUUAUCUCCGG